AUGGUGCCUUCGCGUCCAGCUGCUUAUCCAAGUCAUCCCGCGCUCUCGACGAAGAUUGCUGUGUCGCGCUUCGCUUUGGCCCUGACUCCAGUUCGGCUCCAACGGCAGAAUUUGGCUGCAAUGUCUUCUCGAGCAACUCAACUGUCGUGGGAGGCCUCGCUCGCGUCAGUGUCGAGUCCAGCAGCGUCAAGAACCAUCUCCACGACCUCGGCAUCGACGCCAACGUCGUCCAUGGCCCCAAGUUCGGCAAUAUCGGCUAUUUCGGUGACCAAGUCGGCUCCGGCGGUGUCGCUUACCACGAUGUCGAGCGCCCCGGCUCCAGCGCCAGCUGUUAGUACAUCUGCAAGCUCCAGCGCGACUGUAGAGUCACAUCAGUCCUCAGCGGCUAUAUCAUCGCAUCUUCCAGCUCCGCGCCUAUCUGAGAUUGAAGGCACCGCACUGCAUGGGUUGCUGAUGGACGCUGCAGAAGAAACUUCGGAUCGGAUCGUGGCUGUUUUCGGUUCCCGCAUCACAGAGGCUGUACGAUGUCUUGUACAGUUGGUGAUCAACCCACCACAGCCAGUAGACCCAGCUCGUGAUCGUGCUAUCGCGGCCGCUGCUUCGGUCGACGAUUUAGCGGGUGCUGUAAGCAAUCCUGCGUCGGAUCCGCGAGAUCUCGCUGCGGAAAUUGGUGACCUGAAAGCGAGGCUCACCGAUGCGAGGCUCGCCAAGUUGAUAGCGCAGCGCUCGGCCGGCGAGAAGCAGCAGAAGCUAACUGAUCUGGAAACUCGAUUCAGGCAAUCUCGCGCCGAGUGCUCGUCUCUCGAGCAAGCAUUGGCUGCAGAAACAAAGCAGCGCAUUACUGCAGAAGAGCAGCCCACCGCUCUUUCCACCAAGAUGAUGGUUCACGACGAAGUCGUCCUCAGAGUCCAGAAGGCCCUUGAGACUGCCAACGAAGCUCGAGCGUCACAGUCCCGCAAAAUCAAUCAUGACUGGCAGUUGUAUAAGAAGAACCUGCGGAUUUACGCUGACAGGCUCGAGCGCUUCCACAGGUACCUCACUGGACGCGGACAGAGCGUGGAGAAUCUCGACCAGAAGGCCAAAAGGAAACUCUUGAAGGAGGAGUUGAAAAAGGUUCUCCUCGUCAACAAAUAUCUCCGCAAGUUCGUCGACGACCGUGACCUGGACCCAGAUGCUUUGUUGUUGUUCGCUGAAGGCGGUGCACUCGGCGAGCUGGACAUUGGCCUGUUAGGGCUGGAUAAAGAGGCUGUUGAGCUCGUUCAGGACGCGAUCAAGGAUCUCAAUCCAUCCUUGUCGGCCAAGGAUCAGGCUAUUGAGCUCGCUCGCCAGGUACACCGGUUUCGUAGUGUUGAUUUGUCUGACGAUGACCAGAUCAGCAUUUCCAGCGAGUCGUCGAGCGAGGAUGAGGACGAACGCUUUGACAUGGAACUGCAAUCUGUUUUGGCAAAGAAGACUCGCUCUUCCCGUUCUCACAAACGAUCACGCGAUGAUAAAUCGGACCCUCGCUCAAAUGGAAAGCACAAGAAGGCUCGCCUCGCUUCUUUGUCAUCCAAAUCCAAGUCAAAAGCAAAGUCGAAGGCGAGGCCCAAGCUGCAAUCGCUACUCAAGUCGUCGUCAAAAUCCAAGAUGCCCAAAUCCUGCUCGGAAACUUCGUCUAAGACCUCUCUCACGACCACGACUCCUUCUCAACCUGCGGUUGCGAUGCAGCACUUGACUAAGUCAGCUUCCAAGACACGAACGCCGACUCCGCAGCCCUCUAUCCCAGCACCGGAUCUGUCAGCGGUUGCCAUAGGAUCAACUCCGCCAGAAUCGGCCCCUGUGACUCCGGUGCCAGCUUCAUCGUCUCAGAAGUCCACGCAAGUCUCACAGUCACAGCCACUUACUGCAGCUGUUGCUUCUAUGCUUGCAUCACUCUCCCCAAUCGUCACUCCGGCUUCGUCUGCCUUGCCCAUGCCUCCACUACGAGCUUUGCUGACUCCCGUGGCUCUGGCAUCUGCUCAGAGUUCGUCGCCUACGGCCAAGACUACGUCUCAGCCUGCGCUUAGCCGUUCGAGUAGCUUAUCAUCCUUGGCUUCUACCGUGGAUUUAUCGCCGUCUUCACCUGAUAUUUCGUCUGCGGCAUCUCCAGGUCCCAUUUCGGCUCCAGAUUCAUCUCAGAACAUAAACAACCUGGCGUCUACGUUGCAGUGGUCUCCUAUGGCGCCGAGUUCUCGCUCCAUACGUACGGCAGCGGCGAUAUCACGAUGGGUGACUUCUCAAGUCAUCGCUCAGGAAUCUGACAAGAGCUCCGUCUUUAUCGGAGCUCCUGGCCAAACACCCCCAGCGAGUCCUCGCGGAGCCUCCGAAGAUGAACACGAAGAGACGAAAGAGAACGACUCGCCACCUGCUUUACAACUGCAAGAUCUUGAAGACAUGUCAAGUACCGGUGUCUCGUCACGCACCAGGUCUGCUUAUCGCUCGAUACCCAUGUCGGCUCUGGAUCCUUCGCUUUCAACACCGCCUCCGGCUUCUGUACGACCAGCGUCGAACCCGUUGAAGCCGUCUAAGAAGAUUCUGGCCAAGGUGCAGCGCUACCUCAAGCCCAACUUCCAGAAGAAGGGUGCGCUGAGAUGCUGGAAUCUUGUACAUUCCUUCCGCACGCCGCUGGCAGUGUUAAAAGGACUAGUAGCUGCAUGUUCGGUCGAAGGGAUCCGGGCUUUUGAUGACUGGAGGAAGACUGAACACCCAUGGCGCAUCCUCAACAAGAAGUUUCCGGACACUGCCAACUUGUUUGACGUGAGUCCGUUCAUGCCGGACGUCUUCAUCUCUCUUCGUGCCCCUAAGAGAGCACGUACCGUGAAAUUAUGGCGUCAAACACAUGGUUUCGACGCUGGCGGCAAUGAAAGCGACGUCGGGCUCGCUCUGUGGGAGCGAGGUCACUGGGUUGUUCAAUCGGAGAUUGAGGCCGCUGUCAAGCGUCUUGCAGAAACCCACGGUGACAGUUCAAGCAUCGUCAGAAACAUGACUCGAGUUAUGGAUGCCUACUUUUCUGGUCGCAACCGUCGUGCCGACAAUCUUCGUAACAAGAUCAUGCAACUCUGGGACUGGUGUGUGGACAACGACGUUCCCACGGAAUUCAUCCUUGAGCCCACGAUGCUGUGGUAUUCGUACGAGGUAUUGCCAUGGGUCCCGACAACAGCUGAUUGGUGUUCAGAGGUCGCUGCACUGGAUGAGCGCGAGCCAUGGCGCAACUGUUGGAUCGACGUUCCCAGCGAGCACCCAUUCAACACUGCCUACGUGCCGUGCAACGCCAACGCUGAGCUGUUCGUGCCCUGCGGUCUGACCGAGGCGGAGGUCGGCCGAGCAGUCGUCGUGGACGAGGAACUAGCAGCUACGGAUAUUUCUCCAUCAUGGCACCAAUUGGUAUCAAUCUGGUCUUCAGACAGCGACAGCACGGAAGUGUCUUCCGUAGCAGAGGACGAAGAUCAAGCCAUUGACGAAAUCCAGUCGUCGCAAGGUCUUAACGCACUCGCCUCUGCUGCUGCUUCGGCGACGCUGUAA